AUGACCAUAGUCAAGGAAUACAGAAUUAGAAACAACUGCACGGUCGAUGAGUACCGCAUUGCCCAGCUCUACGCCGUGGCCAAAAUGUCCAUGAACGAGACUGGUGGCGGCGAAGGAGUCGAGGUGCUGAAGAACGAACCCUAUGACAACGAAAUGGGAAAGGGCCAGUACACAUACAAGAUUUACCACCUGGGCAGCCGUAUCCCUGCUCUGCUGCGUCCCCUGAUCCCCAAGGAUGCACUGAUCCUCCACGAGGAGGCCUGGAACGGAUACCCCCACUGCAAGACAGUUGUGACUUCGCCGUACAUGAAGGAGAACAUGCGCGUGGUCACCGAAACGAUGCAUCUGGCCGACCGCGGCACCACGGAGAACGCUCUGAACCUGAGUCUCGACCAACUGGCACAGCGCCAAGUAGAGUACAUUGACGUAGCAGACAACUCGACAAUCUCCAAGGCUGCCUACAAGCCUUCGGAAGACCCCUUCACUUACAAGUCGAAAAAAACCGGGCGCGGGCCGUUGAACAAGUCUGGGUGGGAAAAGGACUGCGAGCCCGUAAUGACUUGCUACAAGGUUGUCACUGGGGAGUUCAAGUGGUGGGGGAUUACGUCGACGGUUGAGCCCCUGAUACAGAGCAAUAUGCGCAAUGUCUUUACCAUGUUCCAUCGCCAGUUGUUCUGUGAUACGGAUGAGUGGUAUGGAAUGACUAUUGAGGAUGUGCGUGCGUUGGAGGAGGAGACUGCAAAGAAGCUUGUGGAGAAGCGCCAGCAGGAAGGUUCGUCCAAGACUGACUUUAAUUGA